UUGAGUCAACAAUAUUAGGCGUGUCAACCAAAGACAGCACAUGGGAGUAGAAGCUGUGUGCUGAGUUGCAAAGCCAUCAUCAAUCCAAUCUUGUGUUACUAUAAGUAUUUAACAGCAUAGACACACACCCUUUGGUUCUGGCCACCCUCAGGUGUGAAUACAAUACCUUAGCAUGAAAUUCAACUUUGUGGGACUACAUGUUGAAGUUUGAUUGGUGAACGAGGUGCGCUAAUGCCUUCUUAAGUUUUGCUUUUCUGUCACUUUCCCUCUGUGUUGGUUUGCUCUGAUCACUUUUGUCUGCAUUACAACCUGAGCCUCAGAUCUGAUCUCUUGAUCCACAAAACCAUGGCUGAAAAGGUGACCAUCAUGAAACUCAAGGUUGACCUUGAGUGUGAGAAAUGCUACAAGAAGGUUAAGAAACUUCUCGGCAAGUACCCUCAAAUUCGGGACCAGAAGUUCGAUGAGAAGGAAAACAUUGUGUUCAUCACAGUGGUGUGUUGUAGCCCCGAGAAGAUAAGAGACAAGCUUUGCUACAAAGGUGGAGGCUCUAUCAAGAGCAUUGAGAUACUGGAACUGCCCAAGCCCAAGGCCGAGAAGCCUAAAGCAGACCCUCCCAAAGCUGAGAAGCCCAAGGCCGAGCCCGAGAAAAAGAAGGACGGUGGCGGCGAGAAGCCCAAGGCCGAGCCCGAGAAAAAGAAGGACGGUGGCGGCGAGAAACCCAAGGCCGAGCCCGAGAAAAAGAAGGAUGGUGGGGAGAAGCCCAAAGGGGAUGCUCCGAAAAAGGAAGCCGAGAAGCCCAAGCCCGGGCCCGAGAAGCCCAAGGACAAGCCCGCGCCAGCUCCCUUACCCGUGCAGCCACAUAUGGCUGCACCUAUGGCGGUUCCAGUUGGGAUGCUCUAUGCUCCUCCUCCGUGCUACGAAGGCAGGCCCGUUGGGCCUGGGUACGAAUACGGUGGGCCCAUGUUCUGUUACGACGGGUACUAUGCAAGGCCCGUAUAUGAUAGUUACGGUGGAGGCAGACCCUGUUAUGUGAACCGUGGUGAUCAAUAUUUCAGCGAAGAGAAUCCACAAGGCUGCAUAAUUAUGUGACAAUUACGUCCACGGCGUUGCAUUAUUGGGUUCUGUAAAUGAUGGUGGCCAUUCACAAUUUGUUUCAAUUAUCAUCAUGUUUAAUCACGUCCAAUCCAAUGUUUUUGUUAUUUAAAAUUCAACGACCAAAAAAAAUGAGGGGGGAAACAAAAAUAAAGGUUAUGUAAUUAAUGGUUAUAAAUGCUAUACUGUCAUGAUGUUUCGUUUUUUUACGUUUGAUGAGUUAAUAAAAUAAAGUGUUUCUUUACCAACAA